AUGGCUACCAACAUCACCUUCCACCCUGGUCACGUUUCGUACGAUGAGCGAGCCGAACUGCUCUCCCAGCAGGGACUCACGAUCUGGCUCACUGGUCUCUCGGCUUCGGGCAAGUCGACCAUUGCAACUGCCCUCGAGCAGCACCUCCUCUCGCUCAAGAAGUCUGCUUACCGUCUGGAUGGUGACAACAUCCGCUUUGGUCUGAACAAGGACCUUGGCUUCUCUCCCCAGGACCGCGAGGAGAACAUCCGACGUAUCUCUGAAGUCUCGUUGCUCUUUGCCUCGUCGACUACCAUCACCAUCACGUCAUUCAUCUCGCCCUACAAGGCCGACCGUGAGAUUGCAAGGAAGCUUCACGAAGCUCACGUUCCAAAGCUGCCCUUCGUUGAGGUAUUUGUUGAUGCUAGCAUCGAAACCUGCGAAAGCAGGGAUCCCAAGGGUCUCUACAAGAAGGCCAAGGCUGGGGAGAUCAAAGAGUUCACCGGCAUCUCGGCGCCAUACGAGAAGCCCGAACAACCAGAGAUCCACAUCGACGCCGACAAGACCUCCAUCGAGGAUGCGGUUCGAAUCAUCACCGAGUAUCUCAUCAACAAGGGCUACCUCAAGCUCUAG